CCCCUUGGACCCUUGUCCUCAAGCCGCCACCACACCACCACCACCACACCGCCGAGUACCCAUCUACCAACACGCGCGCGCUGGCUUCUUCUAGCUCGGUUGCUAGCAACAAGACACGGAUCAUCAGAGAUAGAGAGAGAGAGCUCUGCUGAUCUGACGGUCCCGCUCUUGUUCUUGUACGGCGCCGGUGGCUAGCAGCUGUAGCCUUUUUGUGUGUUGUUGUUGCCUACCACCACCACCACCACCACCCCGCAGCUCACUAACAUCAAUCACACACGAGCAAGCUAGCAAUAACCUUGCCGCAAGCUAAGGGGAAGGUGAAAAAAGGGCCAGUUGUUUUUGCUCACGGAGAUCGAUCGAAAGAGGUCCUUGAUCGACACCACCAUGGUGAGGCCGCCGUGCUGCGACAAGGAGGGCGUCAAGAAGGGCCCCUGGACGCCGGAGGAGGACCUCGUCCUCGUCUCCUACAUCCAGGAGCACGGCCCCGGCAACUGGCGCGCCGUCCCGGCCAAAACUGGGCUGAUGCGGUGCAGCAAGAGCUGCCGGCUGCGGUGGACCAACUACCUCCGGCCGGGCAUCAAGCGCGGCAACUUCACGGAGCAGGAGGAGAAGCUCAUCAUCCACCUCCAGGCCCUCCUUGGCAACAGGUGGGCGGCCAUCGCGUCGUACCUGCCGGAGCGGACGGACAACGACAUCAAGAACUACUGGAACACGCACCUCAAGCGCAAGCUGCAGAGCGGCGGCGGCGACGGGGCGGCCAAGCCGCCGGCGCACAGGCCGCCGUCGUCGUCCAAGGGCCAGUGGGAGAGGAGGCUGCAGACGGACAUCAACCUGGCGCGCCGCGCGCUUCGCGAGGCCCUCACCCCGCUCGACGACCUCAAGCCGCCACAGCUGCAGCGCGACGCCACCGCCGUCGACGCGCCGGGCGCUGGCCUGGGCGUGGGCGGGGGCGACAGCCCGGCGUCGAGCUCGUCGGGCGCGUCGCAGUGCUCCCCGUCGUCGGCGCCUGCCGCUGCCGCCACCGCCGCGGGGCCGUACGUACUGACCACGGAGAACAUCUCGCGGAUGCUGGACGGCUGGGCUGGCCGGAAGGCCGCCCGCGGCGGCAGUCCGGGCACGCCCGGCGGCGCCGAGAGCGCGUCCACCGGAUCCUCGGACGCGUCGGAGGUGUCGUACGGUGGCGGCGCCGCCGUCACGCUGGCGGCAGCUGGCGGGCCGGUUUUCGAGUUCGAGACGAAGCCGACCGUGCCGCCGGCCCAGCAGAUGCCGCUGUCGGCGAUCGAGUCGUGGCUGUUCGACGACGACAGCCACUUCCACCAUGUCCAGAGCGCCGGCGUGCUCGAUGCGGCCCCCAUGGAUUACCCGUUCUAGGCUUCUAGCUAGUGUGUCCAAGUGAUCCAGAUCAAGCUAAUCCCCCGUCAAGCAAGGAGUGUGGUGUGAUUACAGCGCGCGCUGUCUCCUAAAGAAAACUACAUAGAUCCUGCAGUACGUCAGUGACUAAUCAAUAGUCGGCUAGCUAGCUGUUGUAAAUCGGUCACUUGAUCAAGUCGUUUACGUAGGAUCUGCGUAGUUUUCAUUUAGAUUCCAAACAACAUAUACAGAACCACUCCAUGCUGCUAUGACGGAGUAUGUUCUUGGGACUUUCUUCUAUUUUUUAGCCUUUUGUCUAAGAAGUAAAACUUGAGUACGUAGAUCCCCUUGUGCAAGUUGCAUGUUGUGUGGGAAAAUAACCAGUAAUGAGUAAUCCUAUGUCAAAUACUUAUCAUAAA